AUGUUGGGAGAGAUUUCAGUUAUUCGGCAGGCGGCUGAGUCCGUUGAGGUUCCUUACAAGGUAACUCAGGUUCUUGAUUCUGACCCUAGCCUACGUCUGGAACAGAUUGUUGGCCAGUUAGAUGUUCCAAUUAGGUUCCUCAAGGAUGUGGCGCAGACUUUUUAUGCAGAACUUGUUAAUGGUCUGAUGGCACACCGCCGCCAUCGUAAUCUCUGGCUCCCAAAUGAAUGUAGCUUCAAGAUGUUGGAUUCCUACAUCACGCACUUGCCAACUGGUAAUGAGAAAGGUUGUUACUACGCUAUUGAUUUCGGUGGUUCUAAUCUUCGUGUUGUACGUAUAAAUGUCACUGGUAAAGGUACUAUGGAGCGUAUUCAAUCUACAUUUAGUUUACGUCAUGCCACCGCUCUUCGUCCUAAGGGAUUAUUGGAUCGAACUGCCACAGCUACCGAGCUUUUUGAUCACUUUGCUAAGAAUGUUGGCAAAUUGAUGCAGGAGUCAGGUGAUGCGAAGGAUUCGACACAGACCUUCCCUAUUGGUUUUACAUUUUCUUUCCCCUGUACUAUGCUUUCUCGUCGUAAUGCUAUUUUGCUUGAUUGGACUAAGGGUUUUGAGACCGGUCGUGACACCACUGAGCAGGUUGAGGGUCGUGACGUUGGUAUGCUUAUGGACCAAGCGUUCAAGCGUAAUAAUGUGAAUGCUCGUGUGUCUAUUAUUCUUAAUGACACUGUUGGUACUCUUAUGUCCGUUGCUUACCAGAAGCCUCAAGGUUACCCUGAAUGUCGUAUGGGUUUGAUUUUGGGUACUGGUUUCAACAUUUGUUACGUUGAGCAUGACUACUUGCACUAUGGUUACAUUGGUCAAAUUGUCAACAUUGAGUGUGGUAACUUUGACAAGACCCUUCCUGUAACUCCCGUUGACUUCGAGAUUGACUGGUACACUUCUAACAGUGGUCGUGGUCGUAUGGAGAAGUUGAUAGCUGGUGCUUACCUUGGUGACGUCAUUCGUCGUAACAUGAUUUUGUAUUUGCGUGAGAAGGCUCCUGCUAAGAUGUGGCACAUUGGAAGUUUCACGGCUGUUGAUGCUGCUGAUAUUCUUAAUGACAAAUCUGCUACUUAUGACCGUGCUCGUGAGAUCGUUUUGCGUAACUGGGAGGCUGAGUUUGACAUAACCGAGUUGGCUGGUCUUCGUCGUAUUUGUGAGGCUGCAUUCUCUCGUUCUGCUGGUCUCGCUGCUGCUGCUAUUGUUGCUACUGCUCGUAAGACAAGAUCCUACGUGAACAACAAGACUACUUGUGGUGUUGACGGUUCAUUGUAUGUUAAGAACGAUUGGUACCGUGAGCGUCUUCACUACUUCCUUGAGAAGGUUAGCAGGUCUGACCUUAUCGGUUCUGUUGUGAUGUACGCUUGUGAUGAUGGAUCUGGAAAGGGUGCGGCUAUAGCUGCUGCUAUGAUGGGCUCUGGUGAGGAGUGA